UAAGCAAAUGGUUUAAUAAUUAGCUGUCUCCUCUUCUCAAUCCUUUUGUUCACGUACGUGCCCAGCAGUUUGACAGGCCUCGAAAUGUUCAGUCCAACAUUCCAGACUAGAGUGAGUCAUUCGCUGAGCAGCAAUCCUGAAUCUCCAGCAUCCACAAGCAAUGAAGAUCCCAAGGAUAGCGCUUCAGACAGCGAUUUCAGCACGAAAUCUUACUUGAGCGAGUUAUUUGAAAGCGACUUGAAAGAAGAGAGAUUUCGAAUUGACCGGAAAAAGCUGGAAGACAUGCUGCAGGCACAGCAAAGUACUAGCGAAACUAAUGAAAACGCUGAAGAAUUCUUUCAAAGAGUGAUGUUUGAAACUAGUACGCAAAUAUCAUGGCCUUCAAAACUAAAAAUCGGAGCUAAAUCAAAGAAAGACCCCCAUGUUAAAAUAGUGGGAAAACCUGAAGAUGUACUGAAGGCGAAGGAAAAGAUUUUGGAAAUACUGGAUACUAAGAAGAACAGAGUGACUCUAAAAAUGGACGUAUCACAUUCCGACCAUUCCUAUAUUAUAGGCAAAGGAGGCUUCAAGAUACAGCAAGUAAUGGAGGAAACUGGAUGCCACAUUCAUUUUCCAGACUCCAACAGGAACAGCACAGUCGAAAAAAGUAACCAGGUAUCUAUUGCUGGUCAAGCUGCUGGAGUUGAAAUGGCUCGUUCGAAAAUCAGAGAUCUGCUGCCACUUGUGUUUACGUUUGAACUUCCAAACGGCGAAUCCGUCAAACCAGGAGAAGAAUCUUCACCUGCCGUUUCACAUAUCCAGCAGACUUACAGCUUCAACGUUUCUUUUUGGCAAGUGGGUCCGGUUGGUAUGGGUCGAACAGUUCUCGAAGUUAGAGGAUGUCAAAGACUUCUCUCACGAUUAAGACAAGGACUUGCCUUAUUGAUGGAAUAUCUAAUUGGAUCAAAGACGAUACCAAUCAUUGGAUUCAUGAAGACUGAGAUAGCUGCUCAGCAUCACCAGUAUGUGAUGGGACCGUGUGAAAGCAACAUCCAAAUGAUAACUAACAAGACUGGAGCUAAAAUCAUCUUUCCAGGUGCGGGUACUGAAAACCCACUGCAGCUUACUCCUCUGAAAUCCGGACACAUGAGCAAAUCUACGGUUCUGAUACUAGGUUCUUUCGACAGCGUGUGUUUAGCGUGGCAAGAACUGUUAAAAUGUUUACCUCUUGUUCUGAUGUUUGACUUGAAGGAAGGUCAAGAGUUGGAUCCAGUCAUGGUUAACAAUUUUAUGGAAUCUUUCAACAUCAACAUUAUGGUCAGACCGAAGAUGAAAGAGAAUACUAAAUCUGUUCUCAUUCGAGGUUGUGAAAAAGAUGGUAAGAUUCUUUUCCAAGUGCGUAAAGAAAUUCUUAAUUUGGACGAAGAGGACUUCUAUCCUCUCUCUCCCAAUCUGAAACAGAGCAGCUACCGUAUGACUUCUAGCGAAACCUUUGGAAGAGUGCGUUUUAACAAAAGGGAACUCAGAGAUGAAGAAAAACCAAGGCACGAACGAGAAGUCUUUAACUCGAUCAAACAAACAGGUUCAACUAUGUCUACUGCUGAGUCUCUAACAAUUCUAAGUAACAUUAUUCAACAAAAUCCUCAAAUAGUUGGUUUGAUUAACAACUUGUCCUCCGUGUUUCCUCCUAACAUGCCAGUACCUGACGAUCAAGUUCCGAUUCUCAACCCGGGUUUUAGACCUAACAUCCACAAUUAUGUCCAUAAUCUUCAACCUAAACAGUAUCCCAUGAAAAGUGUUGAGAGCUGGAUUAAUCGCCCAGAUAGGAGUUACGCUUUUACCCCAGGUGUGAACACAGAAAAUUACCUUCAAAAAGAUAAACAAACUACUUUGGAUGAUCAAGAUUCAGGGAUUUAUAUGGCAACUCGUAACAAGCUGUUUGGUGGGCUGGAACCAAAGAGUGAUACUAGCAGCAGACCCGAAUCAUCUGCAUCUUCAACUUCCUCUGACACCCCAGAUUUCGAACAUUCCAGAUUCGCGAGAAAAGAGUUACUCUCAGAGCGGUCAGCAGCAUCUGAAGUCGGCAACUUUCUCGCUGAUUACGAGAAUAAAAAGUUAUUGGCCAGUAAGGUAAUUCAAGAAUCUGCUGAAGGAGUUCGUACACCAAGCCAUAUUUGGGCUGGUUAUGGAUUCUCAAAGUCUAUGCCAGAUUUUGCUGGAAGGAGAAAAAGUUCUACCGCCCAAUUAGGAUCAGUUUCGGAAUAUUUAGAGGUUGAUUCAAAAGUCUCCAAUGUAGAAGCGGCUGCUGCAAAAGCUUGGAAUGCAGAUGUAUCAGACACAGAACCUCAAGUGUCAUCUCCUUUUGCAUUGAGCAACUUCUGGGAAAACGUGCCAAGACAGCCUCCAAAUUAUGGUUCCGUUAAAAACUUAGAACAACUUUUGUGCCUGCUAGACCUUGAUAAGUAUAACGACGUAUUUACAAAUCAAGAGAUUGACUUGCCUACUUUCCUUGCUUUGACAGAGAUUGAUCUUCAGCAAUUGAACAUUAGCUACAUUGCUCGACGAAAAAUGCUCGCUGCUAUAUCUGCUAUUCGCGAAAAUAAAAUGGGAGAAUGGCCUUCUCGACAAUUUCGAGCAGCACCUGGAGCAGAGCGGAAGACUUUCAGAUAUUCUGGCUCGACCAAUGAAGACUGUGAACGAAUUUGAAGAACUUUUGAUGUGAUGACUUUUUAAAGUUAUUCAGAUGUUAUAUGGAAUUUCCACUAGUUUUUUUGAUUGUUUAUAGUUGCAAAGCGACUUCAAAAUAGUCUAUCAAACAUCCAUCAGUCUCUAAACAUUGUUUUAAUUUACCUAAUUCUGAUAAAAAUCUAGCAUGCUUAGACGCUAUUUUCUUAAAAUUUUAAUCAAUUGAAGAAAUGAUCUGAAAGUUCUUAAAAGUAAAUAAAAUUUACCUUUAAGAACAAAUUAACUUCUAACUUUUAGUUUUUUAUCUUUAGAUUAAUAAUACUGACCUUGUGAAUUGAAUUUUAAAUUUUUUCGAACUAAUAAAUAGCAUUUUGCAACUACGAAUCAUUCUUGGUUUUGAGUUCGAAACUUUCAAAUGUUUAAUCUACUUUUAUUGAAUUUUCUACAUGACAAAGUGUUUUGAAUUUGCAUGGUUUGUAACAUUCUAAAUCGAAUUUUCUUGUUCCUGCGUUUUAUGUUUUAACUUUUAAAGGGCUUACUGCUCCUUUUUGACUUGUUUGUAAACUAUGAGUGUGUUAAAUUAAAUUAUUCUACUGGAUAGUUUUAAAUGACACUAUUCUCAAAAUGUAAGAUUUAAAAGUUUAUAUUUAUUCUAUAACUUGUUUGUUACAAAAAUUUGAUCAGCAGCUUUAACACUAAGCCAUUUAUGUGCUUUUCAAUACUGAAGCCGCAUCAAAGCUGUUUUACUGUUAUAAGCAUUUUGCCUGUUAUGGUGAUUUGUAGUUUUUAUUACUAGUUGAUAUCAAUAAAGUUUAUUCAGUUUGA